UCCACCACCCACAAAACACACAAACAACUCUCUCUCUCUCUCUCAGCCAAAACCACUUUAGUUAUAUCCAGUGAAGUUUAUGCCGAGGAAGGGGAUGACAAGCAUAUUCUCCAACUCACCGGCGAGAUCACCAUCGCCCUUUAACUCUCCGGCUCUAUCACCGGCGCGGCACACCUUCUCUGAGUCUUUAAUGGAGGACAACAUUGAGAAUGCACAAACUUUGAUAAACAAAUGGGAGUCAGAGGCCUCCAAUUAUGCCGACCACACCUCCCUCUUCUCUAUCAACCGCCAUGAAUCAAGGCAGUACCUCAACUCCGUCAAAGACCUUCAGUCCGCCAUGAAACAUCUUGUGACAGACAAUUCGAACUCUGAGAAGCUUGUUCGGGCUCAGAAUCUUAUGCAAAUUGCCAUGAAACGAUUAGAGAAGGAGUUUUAUUAUAUAUUAAAAAACAAUCGGGAGUAUUUAGAUCCAGAAUCUGUUUCGACCAGAUCAUCGGCUACGCCAAGAUCUAGUUUUUCGGGAUUCGACUAUGAUUCAGAGGAAGAGUUCAAAUUUGUGACGAAUUCGGCAUUGGAGGUCGCUCGAGAAUCGACAUCGGAGGUCGCUGGAGAUUUGGUAUCGGAGGUUGAGCAAGUUUCGAUUAGUGCCGUGACGGACUUGAAAGCCAUUGCCAAUUGCAUGAUUUCUUCUGGUUAUGGUAGAGAGUGUGUGAAAAUAUACAAAAUUGUUCGUAAAUCAAUUGUGGAUGAGGCUCUGUAUCAUCUUGGAGUGGAGAGACUGACUUUCUCGCAGCUUCGAAAGAUGGACUGGGAGAUUGUGGAAAUAAAGAUCAAAACCUGGUUGAACGCAGUGAACUUUGCUGUUAAAACUAUCUUCACCGGCGAGAGAAUUCUCUGUGAUCAAGUGUUCUCUGCUUCUCUGUCAGUUGCAGAGUCCGUCUUCGUGGACAUUUCACGAGAGGGGGCCAUGGCUCUGUUCGUAUUCCCUGAAAAUUUUGCCAAAUGCAAGAAAAGUCCCGAGAAAAUGUUCCGUACAUUGGACCUAUACGAAGCCAUAGCAGAUCUCUGGUCUGAGAUUGAAUCAAUUUUUGCUUUCGAAUCAACCUCAGGCAUCCGAUCCCAGGCGGUUAAUUCGCUGGUAAAGCUCGGUGAGGCGGUCCGCAUGAUGCUAACGGACUUCGAAGCGGCGAUUCAGAAGGACAACUCCAAGAAGCCGGUCCCAAGCGGCGGGAUCCACCCUCUGACGCGCUACGUAAUGAACUACCUAACCUUCCUCACAGAUUACAGCGGAAUCCUCGCCGAUAUACUAGCCGAUUGGCCACUAACAGUGCCGUCUCCGCUACCGGAAGCCUACUUUGGGAGUCCGGUAGCCGAUAACAACGUUUCGUCUCCAAUCUCAUCGAGACUUAACUGGCUCGUCCUUGUCUUGCUCUGCAAACUGGACGGCAAAGCAGAGCUCUACAAGGACGUGGCACUGUCGUAUCUGUUUUUAGCCAAUAAUCUGCAAUACGUCGUCGUUAAGGUCCGAACGUCGAACCUGAGCUCCCUAUUUGGAGACGAAUGGAUUGAAAAGCACGAGGCGAAAGUGAAGCAAUACGCAGCGAAUUACGAGCGAAUGGGAUGGAGCAAAGUAUUAGCUUCGUUACCGGAAAAUCCAACGGGCGAUAUUUCGCUCCUGCAUGUGAAAGAUCAUUUCCGGAGAUUCAAUUUUGCCUUUGAAGAGACGUACAAGAAGCAGAGCUCGUGGGUGAUCCCGGACUCCAAACUCCGAGACGAGAUUAAAGUUUCGGUGGCGAAGAAACUUUUGCCGGCAUAUCGGGAAUUUUACGCCAUGCAUCGGAUGGUCAUUAGGAGGGCAGUUGGGAGUGAGGAAUUGGUCAGAUUUGCCCCUGAUGAUUUGGGAAAUCACUUAUCGGAGCUAUUCUAUGUGUAAGCGGGGGAUCAGGGAGUGUUUCGUCGAAUUACAGUACUUCGUCGUUUUCCCCCAAGGGCGGCCGUUGAGCCUGUUUAUUGGAAGAUUUUGAAUGGCCGGCCAAACAAAUCCAAGAAGAACAUGAGAGAGUGUAAAGAACAAAGAACACGUGCGUGUAUACAUCAUUGUGUAGAGAUUGACCGUUGAUUCGCGGGUGUAAAGUAACAGAAUCACAACCACUAUUCAUUGGAUAUAAAAUAAAUGGCAAUUGUUUUUGUCAA